AGUUGUCAUUUCGUACAGCACUGUCCCAUUCCCGAUGUCAUCAGGAGUUUCGACAAAUUCUUGUCGUAUGUCUGUUUCAUUCACAACAGAUAUGUCGGCAUUUGCUGUCCCGACGACUACUUGGAUGUCGAAGACCCGGGUGGUCCUCAGGAGGCUUUAGUGCCAACCAGAAGGCCGCACAAACAGACCGCCAGACCUGUGGUCCUACCGACAAACAGACCACGGAUUCCCUCAUCAGAUAAUGGAAGUGAUGGAAGCGAUUAUAUUAAUGACAUCUGUGGUCUAUCGGAAAACACGCGUAUAAUUGGCGGCGCAGUGGCCGACCCUAAGGACUGGAUUUGGAUG